AUGCACAUGCAACACCAGGAUCUGAAGAGGACAACAAAAGCAGCCAGUACCAGAUACCACCGUGGUUUGCUUGGAAGGAGCCACGAGGAAAGCGAACACGACCAUGAUCGCAAGUCGAUCAGGUUGCACAUCGGCGACAAAAGCCUCCGAUGGAGUCGCAAAGGCAAUACAGUCAGAAGUGUGGACAGCCAGCAAGAUGGGCUAUGCUCAGUCCGUGAGGACGAUUUGGAGCCACGCCAUAGCAGCCCGCUCUCAGAAGUUGCGCUGAACAGCCUAGGCACUCUUGCGCCGACAGACAGUACUAGCCGUUCACAAGCCCGCAAUUCGACACCUACACAAUACUUUUCUAGGGACCUCGAGGCCGGUGACGGCGGCACUUUUCACUACAACAUCACUUCGGUACCGAAGCUCGUUCACCCGCAACCUCGCAAAGAAAAGACGAGGCUCAUACAACCUUGCUCGUCGGAAGCAGGCACCGACGUUGCGAGCAGUAUAAUCGCCGAUGCCGGUGCCUCCAGGGCAGGUGGUUUCGGGAGCUCCAACGAAGACCAGCACUGGGGAUCAUCGCUUGGACUCUUUGACAAGGAUAAGCGGGAGCCACAAAACUCCACGUGCAUAAGAGACGACCGACGCGGACCAACGUCUCCUGGUAUGAGGCAGGCGGAGCAAGCCUCGCCCUCCGUGUCGAGGCUUACCAAAGAAUUCCAAGACAAGUCGGUCAAUUCUCCACUUGCCCCUAGAGCAGAAGCGCUCUUGGGGUCUAAGGGCUUCAAAUCUGAGCCCGAGAAGAGCGCCGGGGGGAUGCCCAUGGCUGAUCCCCUAGGCACGACCCCUCCGAGGAACAUGCCUUUGCCAUGCGUCGAGGCGCCGGUGUCUGCCGAUGAAGAAGAAAGGAUUUGGCAGAAUUAUCUUCUGGAUGAUGUCGACAUGUUUCGAGUAAAGCACCAGGCACAGGAGGAGGCGCUGGCAUGCACAGGAAGGGGGCUCAUGAGGUCGCCCACUGGUCAAGAUCCACACCACCUGGCACUUCCGGCAUUGACGACGACGACGGGUUCGACAACAGCAUCACAGACAGCCAGCAUAGCUUCGGCUUGCCCGACAGAUGCGGCGACAUCGGCAAGUGUCGAGCUCGAACCUCCUCCUCCUCCCCCGAGAGCCAAUCAGAGCACCACUCGUCAGCCAGUGUUCUUCAAGAAACAAGAACGCCCCAGGUUGCCCAAAGCGCCCGCUCGAUGUGUGGGCAGGCUCUCGUCCAUGGAGGGGCCGAGUCAUAUCAUCAGUCAGCCGUUUGGUAGACCAGUGAAACGAGGCAGGGGAAAGGCGCUGGACGGCUGGGCAGACACCGAGAGACAAAACGAUUCGGGGACUGCCUCCAGGCGCCGAUGA